CCGCGGUGGUAGAGGGCGAGCGCGGGGCGCGGAGCCCGCCCGGCGCGGGGCGCGGAGAGCGCGGAGCGGCCGCCAUGGGCAACGCGGGGAGCGUGGACGCGCAGCAGACGGAGCUGAGGGCGCACAGCGUCCCCCUGAAGCUGCCCAUGCCCGAGCCCGGAGAGCUGGAGGAGCGCUUCGCCGUGGUGCUGAAUGCCAUGAACCUGCCCCCCGACAAAGCCCGGCUCCUGCGGCAGUACGACAACGAGAAGAAGUGGGAGCUCAUCUGUGACCAGGAAAGAUUCCAAGUGAAGAAUCCUCCACACACUUACAUCCAGAAGCUGAAGGGGUAUCUGGACCCAGCAGUGACCAGGAAGAAAUUCAGGAGACGAGUCCAGGAGUCAACUCAGGUGCUCCGAGAACUGGAAAUUUCCUUGAGGACAAACCACAUUGGGUGGGUCAGGGAGUUCCUGAAUGAGGACAACAAAGGCCUGGAUGUCCUGGUGGAGUACCUGUCCUUUGCCCAGUAUGCAGUCACGUUCGACUUUGAGAGCCUGGAGAGCAGCGUGGAGAGCUCCAUGGACAAGUCCAAGCCCUGGAGCCGCUCCAUCGAGGACCUGCACAGGGGCAGCAACCUGCCCUCUCCCGUGGGGAGCAGCGCGUCCCGCUCCGGCCGGCACUCCACGCUCCGGUACAGCACGCUGCCCAGCCGCAGGACGCUGAAGAACUCGCGGCUGGUGAGCAAGAAGGACGACGUGCACGUGUGCAUCAUGUGCCUCAGGGCCAUCAUGAACUACCAGUAUGGAUUCAACAUGGUGAUGUCCCACCCUCACGCCGUUAAUGAGAUCGCACUGAGCCUGAACAACAAGAACCCCAGGACCAAGGCCCUGGUGCUGGAGCUCCUGGCCGCUGUCUGCCUGGUCCGGGGGGGCCACGAGAUCAUCCUGGCUGCCUUUGAUAACUUCAAGGAGGUGUGUGGGGAGAAGCAGCGCUUUGAGAAGCUCAUGGAGCAUUUCCGGAACGAGGACAACAACAUCGACUUCAUGGUGGCCUGCAUGCAGUUCAUCAACAUCGUGGUGCACUCGGUGGAGGACAUGAACUUCCGAGUGCACCUGCAGUACGAGUUCACCAAGCUGGGCCUGGACGAGUACCUGGAUAAGCUGAAGCACACGGAGAGUGACAAGCUGCAGGUGCAGAUCCAGGCCUACCUGGACAACGUGUUCGACGUGGGGGCUCUGCUGGAGGACGCCGAGACCAAGAACGCGGCCCUGGAGAGGGUGGAGGAGCUGGAAGAAAACCUGUCCCACUUAUCUGAAAAACUCCAGGAUACAGAGAACGAAGCCAUGGCCAAAAUUGUGGAACUGGAAAAGCAACUGAUGCAAAGGAACAAAGAACUGGACGUGAUCAGGGAGAUCUACAAGGAUGCCAACAGCCAGGUUCACACCCUGAGGAAGAUGGUGAAGGAGAAGGAGGAAGCCAUCCAGCGCCAGUCCACACUGGAGAAGAAGAUCCACGAGCUGGAGAAGCAGGGAACCAUCAAGAUCCAGAAGAAAGGGGAUGGGGACAUCUCCAUCCUUCCCGUGGCCCUGGGCUCCGGGAUGGUGCCAGCAGGAGCAGAGGCAGUGCCAGGGACCUGUGCCACACCUGGAGAUGCCUCCUCAGUGCCACUGCCCCCCCCUCCACCCCCCCUGCCCGCCCUGCCAGGCUCACCUGAGGCAGUGCCCAACGGCCCCGUGGCAGUGCCUGUGCCACCUCCACCACCUCCUCCUCCUCCUCCUCCUCCUCCCCCUCCUCCUCUCCCGGGCCCAGCUCCGGAUGCAGCUCCAGCGGCUCCGCUGCCGCCGCCGCCGCCCUCGGCUCCCCCCCUGCCCGGCACAGCCUCGCCCACCGUGGUCUUCAACUCUGGCCUGGCAGCUGUGAAGAUCAAGAAGCCCAUCAAGACCAAGUUCCGCAUGCCCGUGUUCAACUGGGUGGCCCUGAAGCCCAACCAGAUCAACGGCACCGUCUUCAACGAGAUCGACGACGAGCGCAUCCUCGAGGAUCUAAACGUGGAUGAAUUUGAGGAGAUAUUCAAAACGAAAGCCCAGGGCCCAGCCAUGGAUCUGACCUCCAGCAAGCAGAAGAUCCCUCAGAAAGGAUCCAGCAAGGUGACGCUGCUGGAUGCCAACAGGGCCAAGAACUUGGCCAUCACCCUGAGGAAAGCCGGGAAAACGGCGGAUGAGAUCUGCAAAGCCAUCCACGUCUUUGACCUGAAGACGCUGCCGGUGGAUUUCGUGGAGUGCCUGAUGCGGUUCCUGCCCACGGAGAACGAGGUGAAGGUGCUGAGGCUCUACGAGAGGGAGAGGAAGCCCCUGGAGAACCUGUCAGACGAGGACAGGUUCAUGAUGCAGUUCAGCAAGAUCGAGAGGCUGAUGCAGAAGAUGACCAUCAUGGCCUUCAUCGGCAACUUCGCCGAGAGCAUCCAGAUGCUCACCCCGCAACUCCAUGCCAUAAUCGCUGCCUCUGUCUCCAUAAAGUCAUCCCAAAAACUUAAGAAAAUCCUGGAGAUCAUCCUGGCUCUUGGGAAUUACAUGAACAGCAGCAAACGAGGGGCUGUGUAUGGAUUUAAGCUGCAGAGUUUAGACCUGCUCCUGGAGACCAAGUCCACGGACCGGAAGCAGACGCUGCUGCACUACAUCUCCAACGUGGUGAAGGAGAAGUACCAGCACGUGGCCCUGUUCUACAACGAGCUGCACUACGUGGAGAAGGCAGCAGCAGUGUCCCUGGAGAACGUCCUGCUGGACGUGAAGGAGCUGCAGCGGGGCCUGGAGCUGACCAAGCGCGAGUACACCAUGCACGACCACAACACCAUGCUCAAGGACUUCAUCCAGAGCAACGAGGGCAAGCUCAAGAAGCUCCAGGAUGAUGCCAAAAUAGCCCAGGAUGCCUUCGAUGAUGCUGUGAAGUAUUUUGGGGAGAAUCCCAAGACGACCCCUCCCUCGGUCUUCUUCCCAGUGUUUGUCCGCUUUGUGAAGGCCUACAAGCAAGCAGAGGAAGAAAAUGAGCUGAGGAAAAAGCAGGAGCAGGCCUUAAUGGAAAAACUCAUGGAGCAAGAAGCGUUGAUGGAGCAGCAGGACCAAAAGUCCCCAUCCCACAAGAGCAAGCGGCAGCAGCAGGAGCUGAUCGCGGAGCUGCGGCGCCGGCAGGUCAAGGACAACCGGCACGUGUACGAGGGCAAGGACGGCGCCAUCGAGGACAUCAUCACAGAUCUCCGGAACCAGCCGUACCGCCGCGCCGACGCGCUGAGGAGGAGCGUGCGCCGCCGCUUCGACGAGCACGGGCUGCGCUCCAACGGCGCCGAGCUGGCCAUGUGAGCCCGCCGGGGAGCGGGACGGGCUCCGGCACAUCCCGCCUGCCCCGGGGAACACUCACCUCCGCCGGGACCCCGGCCCCGCGCCAAGUGCCUCGAAGGGAAGCUCCCGCUCCGACGGAUCCAAGCAAUAGGAUUGGGGUUGGUUGGGUUCCUCCGGACUCUGCCGAGACUCUGCAGGAUUUGUAACCAAAAUGUAAAAUAGGGGUUGGGUUGGGGGGUUGGGGUGGUGAGAGCAAGGGCUCCCGUGGGCCUGACUGGUUGGAAACUGGGAAUACUGGGAAUACUGGGAUGUGCUUGGCUUUAACGCUGGGCCGAGGGGCAGGCCCGGCCUUCAGCUGCACUUAACGGCUCUUUUUUAAUUCAAACUACAAACAAAGACAUUUGAGGGCUUUCUGUACCCGGAAUUAAAAUAAUCCCAAGGAGGAGCCCAGCCCUUUUCCCAGCCCAUGCAGCCUCCCGAGGGCUAGGAAUGGAACGGGAGGUCCCCUGGCCCAGCGCACGCGGGGGUUUGGGAUGUUCCAGGGCUUUGGCUGGGCGGCCGAGGCAGGCAGCGUUGGGAUAACAGCGUAUUUAUUAAUUAGCACUAAGCAAUUAACAGCCAGUAAUCAGUAUUAGGCUCUGAGGACCAGUGCAGUCCAGUUCCUGGCAGGGGGAUUCCAAUCCUGCUCUGGCUCCGAGACAUUCCCGCUCGGAUCCCUGCUGAGGCUCCUUGGGAGGGGAAGCCCAUCCUAGAAUUCCCAGUAGGGUUUAGGUUCUCCAUGGCAUUUUCCAAGCCCAAAAAGGGACAGGAGGCUGAUUUAGCACCAUGGUGCCCCUCCCUGUGCCCCAGAGCAGCGGGAUGGAUCCCACUCCCGGCCAGCAGCAGCCAGGAGUUGGGAAGAGCUGGACUGAGGAGAAAUUUGUCCUUCCCAAAUCCCAUUUCGCUUCCAGCUUCCCUGCCUGGGCUCAUCCAUCUGUUAAUUGUAAAAUUUCUUGUAUAGUAUUUAACCACUGAAUUUCUUUGCCCUUUUCCAUUGUGCUCCUGUGAACCACUGGUGAAGGUCCCUGUUUUGUUUUUUUUUUUCCCCUUGGAUAAUGUGUAGUUAUAUGAUAAUCUGUUUUUAAAUGUACAGAUAUUUUGCUACAAAAUUGGUGCAGUUUUUUAUGGUUUUUACACUUCCCCCCCACUUUAGCCUCUGGGUAAUAUUGUAAAUAUUGUUUAAAAGGAAAUAAAUGCAUCAAGCCUGUGCUAUACAAUCUGAAUGUUAUUUUAACUUAUAGUUUUUGUUUUUAUAUUUAACUAAAAGGACAGUUUUGGACUCAGAGUUACCACAUUGACCAAUUUCCAGGAAUUUUUCCUUGAAAAACUGCCAAGUUUUGCAUUUACAGCACUGUGUACUUGACCUGCUAAAGAGAACAUGCCACUGUUGGAACGAGUGUUUGGAUCAAAGAAAAUUGGAUCAUUUGAAUUUCAAAUUUCAGCACUUGUUGGGGUAUAAGCACUAAAUCUCCUUUUCUUCAGCUCAAAGGUAUUUUUAUAAUAAAAGCCCAGAAUGAAAGCCAAGCUGGCAUGUUCUCUUUCAUAUUUUUCUAGUCAUAGAUCUGCUUCUUAGCAAGAUUAGAAGUGUUUCUAAAGCAGUUCACGUUCCUUUCCUGGUCUGUUCCUGCCAUAAAAUCAAAUAAACUAUUUACACUACUACACUGAAA